UAUUCUUAUUACAGGAAAAUGGCAUCUCGCGAAGAGGACCAACGAAAAAUUCGAAUGGUUCUUCUUGGUAAAACUGGAAGCGGGAAGAGUUCCACGGGAAAUACGAUUCUAAAUGGGGAUAAAAAAUUUACUACAGGUCUUGGUGGCAGCUCAGUAACCAAAAAAUGCCAGUCUCAUACUGUGAAUAGAUUCGGUAGAGAUGUCCUUGUUGUGGACACACCUGGCGUAUUUGAUACCGAUACUCCGAAUGAUAGCAUUAUGGAAGAAUUGAAAAAGUGCAUCUUGCUUUCUGCCCCAGGUCCGCAUGUUUUCAUUCUUGUUUUUAAUGGUCGAAGCAGAUUCACCCCAGAAGAAAAGAAAGCUGUAGAAACGUUUGUUAGGUGCUUCGGCAAGGAAAUGUACAAAUAUUCCAUUGUUCUUUUCACUGGAAAGGAUGAUCUUAUCAAAGUCGAAAAGAACGAAGAAAAAUAUUUGAAUGAAAAUGAAGAUGAAUUGCAGGAAAUCUUAAACCGUUGUGAAAACAGAUGCAUAUUUUUCAACAACUUUGCCUCCGAGGAAGAAAAAAAUCAACAAGUUCGAUGUUUGCUAGAUAUGAUAGAUAAAAAUGUAGCUGCAAACAAUGGUUCGUAUUAUAAGGUGCCCGGAACUAUUAGAACUAUGUUAAACUACGCUACAACAAUCGGAGCUGUUCUUUUAACUUCGAUCUUCUUUUUUAAAAAGUCAAACAACUGACACACAGAAGAGAGACAAUCAAAAUCCUAAAACAAAUGCAUUCUGCUAAAAACUGUGGACCUGUGGACAAUUUUUUUUAACAAAAUGAAAUAUGGGUUAU